AUGAAUAGCAAUGAUAGAAUAGGAGAGGCAGAAGGAAAAAGGAAUAAGGUAGGAAGUGCUGAUAAUAACAAUAAUAAUAAUAAUGCUGAUGAUAAUGAUGAUGAUGAUGAUGAUAAUGAUGACGAUGAUGACGAUAGUGAUGAUAAUGAUGAUGAUAGUGGCGAUGGAGGAAUAGAAAAAAAAUAUUUACCAAUGAUUUCGAUUGGUUUACAUAUGUUUAUGUGA